AUGACCCCCAAGAACUACUUGAACCCCAUGUGGAUGUACGUCGUAGCCUCUUCCGUUGUCCUCAAGCGCCUUGCCGCCACCGCGCAGUUGGCGACAUUUGUGACGGCACUCCAUUUUGCUGAGCGCAGCUGCAAUGGCUCCCUGCACGAAAGUGUUUUCGAAGCCAUGGUGCACAAGCUAGCUCACAUCGGCUUGCUGCAACUCAGCAUCACGGUGAACCACUUAUUUGGUUCGGAAGUGGUGACAGUGCCAACGACGUUGCCUGUGACCACGGGCCACAUGACUUGGGACGACAGCUUGAAAUUCCUUGCGAUCGACACGACUGAGUCCAUGUACUGGUACCCAACCUACCUGCCGCUUCCAGUGGUGGACAGCGUCAUCUACUACCUCAAAAUGACGUUGGACGAAAACCGCGAUCUGGAUUGGGCCAAAAUGCAAGAAAUUCACAACGCAGUCAGUGACAAUCCAAACCUCCAAUACCACGACUUCAAGUACGUGGUCGUGGCACCAGCAACUUCGCCGUCGAAAGAUAUCGUGGGGCAGGAGUGCGGAGUCGACGGUGUGCCCAUGUGCCAUGGCCAUGGCGUCAAGGCUGCAGGCAUGGAGGAGCUCAUGUCGUUUGUGGCAAAGCUAUAA